UGCAGCAGCAGGUUAGCUCUUUAAACGCGAGCGAGCUCUGCUAGCUACACAUCAACAGCAUAUCCAGAGAAGAUGCAAAGUCGCUUAAGUUUUUAACUAUUCCCCCCGCCUCCAGCGCUUUUAAGCCUGAGGACACUGUUAUGGUUUCGGAGAAUGGAAACGGACGACGUGUCGGUUAGAGAGCAACUUUUCCACAACCGUGUCCGGGAGACUAUAAUCUGUGUUCUCCUGUUUACUUGCCUUUACAUGCUGUCCUACCUCAUCCUUAAUCAAUUCAGGAAGACUGCAGAGUUUGUCACCGAUGAUGUCGAAGAUGCGACUGUCAACAAAAUUGCGCUGUGGCUGUGCACAUUCACCCUGUCUGUUGCAGUGUGUGCUGUGCUCCUUCUCCCCAUCUCCAUUCUGUCCAAUGAGGUGUUGCUCACCUUCCCACAGAGCUACUACAUGCAGUGGCUCAAUGGAUCUCUUAUUCAUGGUUUGUGGAACCUAGUUUUCCUUUUCUCCAACCUGUCCCUGGUCUUCCUCAUGCCUUUUGCAUAUUUCUUCACUGAGUCCGAGGGAUUUGCAGGGUCCAGAAAGGGCGUAAUGGCACGAGUUUAUGAAGCAGUUGUGCUGCUGUUGCUGCUGGCCCUGCUUGUGCUGGGCAUUGUGUGGGUGGCAUCAGCCCUCCUACAUGACAACAUAGCCCGGAAGAGCCUCUACGACCUGUGGGAGUAUUACCUUCCCUACCUGUACUCGGGGAUCUCUCUCUUUGGAGUGCUGCUGCUUUUAUUGUGCACUCCCUUAGGGUUGUCACGAAUGUUCAGUGUAACGGGCAGCCUGCUAGUCAAACCACGGCUGCUGGAAGAUGUUGAAGAUACUCUGAGCUGCACCACAUUUGAGGAAGACUCUCUCUCCAGGAAAAUCAACUGUGGCAGUACAUCCUGCUGGGUCAAGCUGAACAUGGAGGCUCUGAAAAAAGAGUACCAAGCCGUCCAGAGUAAGCGUGUCGCCCUGGAGAUGCGUAGGAAAGCGUCCCCAUGGCAGCGAAACCUGGGCUACCCGCUUGCAAUGCUUGUGCUUCUCGCACUGACGGUGAUGUGUGUGCUGAUGGUCUGUUUCAAUGUGUUGGAGUUGCUACUGGAUGAAACAGCCAUGCCCAGAGGAAUGGAGGACCCUCACCUUGGGAUGGCCUCCUUUUCAAUGUUUGGCUCACUGGGUGCUGCUGUUCAAGUAGUCCUCAUUCUUUAUCUGAUGGUGUCCUCAGUGGUGGGCUUCUAUAGUUCCCCUCUCUUCACUGGCCUCCUGCCUCGUGCACAAGACACCAACCUCACACAGAUAAUCGCCAACUGUGUUUCACUGCUUAUCCUGAGCUCUGCACUGCCUGUGUUUUCACGCACUCUUGGGAUCACCCGUUUCGACCUACUGGGAGACUUUGGUCGAUAUAACUGGCUUGGGAACUUCUACAUUGUAUUUCUAUACAACAUGCUGUUUGCUGGCCUCACCUCUGCCUCCUUGAUAAAGACGGUCACCUGGGCAGUACAAAGAGAGCUCAUCCGUGCCUUUGGUCUCCACAGACUACCUUUAACUGUGUCACGCUCCACCGUCCCCUUCAGGCUCCUCCUGGCCAGUGGAUUGUCUAAAAUCCAGUGACCUUUUUUGUUUUUUGUUUUUGUUUUUUUCCUGCUCACGACUGCCUUUCCUAACCUUUAAAAACUGAGCCAUUUCAGAGGUGUACCCGGUGGAUUAAAGGCAUUCACAGUUCAGUCUCUUUGCCAGCUGGUACAUGGAUCGGGUCACCACGUGUGAAGAGACUGAAGAAUGUGAGUCUGUUUGCACUGUGUCCAGUGGGAGCGCCGCUUGAUGCUGUGUUCAGUGACCAAUAUAUCAGGGUCCAAGUUUAUACUGCUUUUUGACUGCAAAGGCAAAUACUGGUACAAGUGGUUACCGAGCCACAGGUGUGACUGGAUCAAGGGGAAAAGGGAUUUAAGCCAUAUUAGCAACGAUAACAGAGCAAUACCCCCUGCAAAGUCAUGCCUUGUAAAAAGAGGAUCCUUUAGCAGCCGUUUGUCUGACAUAUGUGAAAGUCAGCAGAGUUAUUUUGAAAUAUUACAUUGUAGCUGUGACAUAAUUUCCUCUUCCUUUUUCAGGUCGACUGAGUGCUCUCUCUUUCUUUGCGGCUUCCCCACGCCUUCCUCUUUAAGUACCACCACUAUUUUAAGAUUGGAAGAUCUUCUACUUCCAUGUGUUUGGAUGUUCCAGUCUGCACCAGUGUUAUGUUGGUUAAUAAAAGGAAGUCGUUAGUGGGGAGCUGAUGGGACAGAGAGCACUUCAGUUGUCUGUGGAUCUGCGGGUUACACACAGGGAGUGUGAGGUUGACGUGAUAGUCUCAGUGUUGGAGCUCUUUUUUUUGUUUUUUGUUUUACACAUUGAGUUUACCAGUAGGAUUAAGAGCAUUUUGUGCGACGGCUUGACUUUACAAAAAAACAAACAAACAAACAAAAAAAACAAAACUGAAAGCUUUAUACUUUGAAUGCCAUGUGACACUCACUAGUGGGAACUUGCUGCCUUAAAAAACAAUCAAACUGUGAAUCAUUGAGCAUUUGUGUGGGGAAAGUGCAAUAUUGUGUAUGUAAAAGCACACUUUUUAACUUUACCAAAAGUCAUCUUUUCAGUUAAUUUUCUGUGAUGUUUAUUUUGCUUUCAUCUCAUUCCUCUGUGUCGGAAACUGGAGUGAAUGCAUCUGAUAAUGUCAGAAUAUUUUGGAACAGCUGAUGUGGCUGUCAGACUUUUGAGAGGUUAGAUCAUCUACUGUCAGCAUUAUCUCAUCAUCCCGUAUGUGUUGGUGAUCCUGUGUCACAGGUUACUUUUGCUGCUGUAUCAGCAGGUUAUUUGCUGUUGGUUUGACCAGCAGGGGACACUAUCUCUUAAGUCCAAUGGCAAUAUAACCCCUAACUCUGUCUGGUUAGUUAUUGUAUGCAUUAUAUGUGGACAACUCUGAGGUUUACUCAUUUCACUUGUUCUGAAACAGUUCUUAUGGAUUUUUUUUUUUUUAAAAUGUAUUUUUCUGGAAAUGGCAUUGUGUGUUGUUUUUAUUAUUUAUGGUUGUUUGGGAAUCCAUACUUUACAUUUUGAUUCAUUACUACUCUUUUCAAACAGUUAAAUAAAAUGUUUAGUUGCUCUUAAAGAUUUCAAAAAGAAAACUUGAAAUGCCGUUGUUUCAGAUUUUCCUACAUACUACUUUUUUAACUAUCAUGUGAAUGUUUUUGAACAAUAAUCAAUAAAAAUGUGUUUUUGA